AUGUCCGUCGUUGCACCUGCGCCGUUGCCCAGCGGCAGCCGGGACAUCGCGGCUGAGGCAAGCCCAGAACAGAGUCCCUCCAGUUUCACCGCGGUUAACGGUAGAGACCGUUCGGCCUCGCUCAUAAACGGACAGCCAGACAUGCGUCCCUCUCCCGCUCGCGAUGACGGUAGCAACGGUAACGGCAGCACCAGCAACGGUAACAACGGCGGCAGCAACAACGGUAGCAGCGCUGCCGCCAGCAACGGCGCCAACUUGCCUCACUCGGAUAAGCCAGCAAGCGCGGACGGGUCUCGUGACUCGCCCGUUGACCAGGCCGAUUCUGGCUCAGCUCCUCCAGACACCACCACCGCCGCCACCACUACUGCUACUGCUGCUGCCAGUAGUAAUAGUAACUCGAACAAGCGCAAGCGAUCCAAACACCAGCAGCAGCCUCACCAACAGCACCAACACCAGCAACAGCAACAGCACCAGCACCAGCAACAGCAACAACACCAGCAACAGCAACAGCACCAGCACCAGCACCAGCACCAGCACCAGCAGCAACCAUAUACCAGUGUUGAACGUCCAGACGAACCCAAGCCGAAUACCGGCAAUGUCGCCUGGGACUACGACUCGCAGUCACAGAUGAUGAAUGCCAGCUCACAGCGACACUCCAAGCACCAGCACCAGCAGCACAUGGAUGCCUCAGAUGCUCAGCUCGCCGAGGCUCUACAGCGUGAGGUCCAGAGUGAGACGCCGUCAGAAAAUGCAUCCACCAUGGAAAUGCAAGGCAGUAACUCGACUGCCCAUGUACAGAGCCAGUCUCCCGGCUCGUCGCAGGUCGCGCCAAAGCGAAAGAGGGUUUUUAGCAACCGAACCAAGACCGGAUGCAUGACUUGCAGGCGAAGGAAGAAGAAGUGUGAUGAACAACACCCAUCAUGCAACAAUUGCAUUCGCGGAGGCUUCCCCUGCGAGGGAUACUCGGUACGCACCACCUGGCAGAAGCCAUCCCAGAGCAAAGGGCCCAUCCCACUACAGUCCAAGGAUCGAUAUCCAGAACCUCCGAACAUGUACAUGCAGGACAUGAGCCCCCAGCGACACGAUUCGAGAAUGGGUGGCCCAAUGAUACCCGACGGAAGCAAAACCAGACCAGUCUCUGUUGAGGACAAUGACAGAGCCCAGGCCUACAUGACCAGCCCCAAUAGCUCCGUUGCCCGCGUAGCAUGGCAAAAAGGCUCGUGGCAGGCCGCCAACCACCAUAUGAUGCAGGAUUCUGCUCCCAAGAUGGAAUACAGAGAGGCCCCGGUGAUCGGAGACAUGUCGCGCCCUGAGCCCCCAAAAUCAGACUACCACCACACACACAGCAACAAUGCUAGCAAUAACAACAAUUCCUCCAGCAGCAACACCAACAAUAACACACAUCAAAAGCCCGGAAUUCCCGUCUUCCAAUCGAACAUGGAACCACGCCCGAACCACGCUCCUCCUCGCGUCGACGCAAGCAACUACCCCACUCAAGCCCGCCUUGCGUUGAGCAGCAUGGAGCCUCAUGUUCCAUUUGAAGGACCCAGCGAGAAGUCCGAAAAAGAGAAAAUGCUCAGCGGCGAACAGUACCGCCCAUUCGACCCGGAACUGGUCCGCGACCGCGAACAGUGCAAAUCCGCUCUCUGGCGCUACACCAAUGCUGGCAAUCCCCUCUAUGGUAUUAGCUCCGCUGAAAAGACUCGCCUUCUAACCCAGAUUCUUCAGCCACCCGCCAUCGAACCACCACCGGAUGCCCCUCCGCCGUCGACCAGCACCCCGACCGGAUCUCUUGGGCCAGGCGCCGUCCUUGAGUCCCCAUUCAACUGCCACUACGGCUACAACAUUAACAUUGGCGAAGACGUUCUCAUCUCUGAAAACUGCUUCUUUGCAGAUGACUGUUCCAUUAACAUCGGCGCCCACACAUGGAUUGGUCCAAACGUCACAAUCCUCAGCUCAAUGGCCAUUGGAAGCAUGCAGGAACGCAAGGGCUCCCAAAGCAGGUAUCAGGGCCGACCUGUUGUUAUCGCCGAAGACUGCUGGAUCGGUGCAGGAUGCACCAUCCUACCUGGCGUCACGCUCGGACGUGGCGCCUAUAUUGCCCCUGGCGAAGUGGUCCGUUCGCAGAUCCUGCCUUACGGGUUCCAAGGGUUGAAACCAAACUACCCUUAGGCCUCAUCGUGAUCCUCCAUAAUA